AUGUACGAAUGGAUUGACAGCCUGAAAUCCCUUUACGACCGUGCUGGGAAGACUUUCUCCGGCGGUCCUUCUGCGGCACAGGAUGUGCCGCGUCGUACUGCUCAACCAGACCCAGUACGUCGAUCAUCAGUUGGGAGCGGGGUUCCCAAGAAUCCCAGGACGGGGGAUAGCCGCUCCACCGGACGAGAUAACUCGUCCGACGUCCGUUCACGUCGCGGUGGUUCAACAGCUGCUCAACUAGAUAGCGCUGGACACCGCGAGAGUCCUCUAAUGGAGGUGGAGGAGGAGGAAAGACGCUCUCCACACGAUCAUGGGGAUCGGUGUGUUCCUGAGAGCUUCUUUGAUCGCGUAACGCAAGGGUUACGCGACGAUCUCAAACAUGAGCGGGACAGGCGUCUCCAAAUGGCGGACACUGCCUCGAAGCAUCGAGCUGAUUUUGCCUUUGCUCAGCUUGAGAACGCGAGAGCUCUGACAUCUCUUCGUGACGAGCUAAGGGUAUCUCGUGGGAUUGUUGAUCUGUCUCGGGAUGAGAUAGCUGCUCUUCAGACCCUUGUUGAUGCCCAACAUCGGGAGCACAAGGCUCUCUGCGAGAUGCUUGAGCGCAAGGGCGUUCUUCAUCGGAAGAAGCAGCGUACUGAUGGUACGGCUUAA